UGCUUCAGAGAAGUACUCUCCAUCUGCUUUAAGUGUGUGUGUGUUGGUAGUAUGGCAGGUGAAGAUGGAAGGGGAUGUAACUCCCAUCAAACUGUAGCAGUCAUAUUGUUCCUGUGCGCCUUGGCACAGAGUUCAACUUGUUUUAGCUUGCAAGGGCUGAGUGAAAAAGCAAAGCAGGACAAGUUGAUUAGUGAGGCAACAGUGAUGGAAGUAAGGAUGGGAAGCAUUCUCUUCAAUGGAAAAACUCUUCAGGCUGAGUCUGGGUCUGCCUCUGCUACUGCCACAGGAAAUGGACUGCUGAAUAUUGACUCUGAUCAACCAAAUGGCAACAGGAUGUCGGAGCAGAUGUCACUUCUGGAGGACAGCUUGAGCAAUGAGGCAGCAUGGCAGCAGUUGAAUCCUUCCCUGCACUGUGGUCAGAAGACUAUGAAGUUUACCGCCAUGGGACCUGGAGCUGCUGACUUGCAGCUAGACAUGGACAAUGCUGCCCCCCUGCCUUUAGACCAAGUGCCUGAUGCCUGUGGCUACUCGAUGACUCAAAAUGCACUUGGACUUGUUUUGGUUGUUCCUUAUGAUGGCUGUAAUGUGAUUCAGGAGGAUGGCGAUUACAUCUUGCCAAUGACUUGGCUAGACACUCCAGUUCAAUUUACCUGUCCUGUGUCCACAAGCUCUGCCACAUCACCACCUACUAUCCCAAAGUCUCAGGAGCCCAAGAGAGUUCCUUACCCCUUCAGGCCCUGGAACCUGAAUCGUCGUAAGCGCCAGGCAAACCAGCCCUUGCCCAUGAAUGACCCAAGAAGUCCAUAUUAUUCCUAUUGGUAUUAUUACUACUACUACCCCUACUACAUGAAUAUGAUGACCACACCGGCACCAACUCCUACCACCACUACAAAGGCGCCUGACACGACUGUUCCCACCAAGCCAUCUACAGAGAAACCCCCUCCAGUUAUGCAACCUGCACAUCAACACUACCCUUAUUACCCUUAUUACCCUUACUAUCCCUACUACCCCCUUCCACAAAACCCAGUGACUCCUGCAACACCUGCCACCACUACAACUGGACCUGCUACCACUGGAAUGACUACAACAUUGGCGACUACCACCAAAGCAUUGAUCACAAAGGGUCCUUCAAAACCAGCACCCCCUCCUUACCCGCCAUAUUAUCCUAACUAUCCCCAUCACCAUCACCUAGGACCUGGAAAACCAUUGCCAGAUAUUCCUGAUAAUUCUGAUAUUUACUACUAUCCUAUUAUCCAGCAUAUCUAUGGGAAACCUUCUGCCAAACCAACUACUAAGCCGAGUGACCAGUCUUCUACAAUGCCAGACCCCACUGCUCCGACCUCCAAGCCCAGUAGCUCAGUUCCCACAACAAAGCCAGACACCACUGCUCCAACCUCCAAGCCUAGUAGCUCAGUUCCCACAACAAAGCCAACUACUGCGCCUACAACUCAGACAACUAUACCAACGGCCGACACCUCAAAACCCAGCUCAAAUAUUUAUCCAGGUCCAAUGAGUCCAUUUGUACCUUACGACCAGGGUCCCUUUGUACCUUAUGUUCAAUACAGAUCAAACAAGGCUGGCGAACUCCCAUAUGACCCAAAAUUUAUGCCCCAAGCUGACUUCAAAUCUGGACCCCAGCCUAGGUCACACCUACAUCCAGGCUUCAACUACUGGCAACCUGCACCCUGGUUUCCUGAGUCAUCUGGCAAAGACAACCCUCUAUUCGAUUGGCAAAAUUUCCAGCCUCAAGAGAACUAACUUGAAGAUUCUGGCUUACUGGGAUUCUGAUCAUUCAAUAAACACUGAACCUGUAAUUUAA